AUGCCCGCCCUCGAACUAAUCGACCACUCGCCCAGCAAUCCCACACCCUCUUCGCCCAUCCCCACCGCUUCCAACGUAGUACUCAUUGACAACUACGACUCGUUCACCUGGAAUGUGUACCAGUACCUCGUCUUCGAAGGCGCGAAAGUGACCGUAUACCGAAAUGAUGAGAUUACCCUCGAAGAUCUCAUCGCGAAAAACCCUACACAGCUGGUAAUCAGCCCAGGUCCAGGACACCCUGAGAAGGAUGCGGGCAUUAGCAAUGCGGCCAUCAAGCACUACAGCGGCAAGAUCCCGAUUUUCGGCGUGUGCAUGGGCGACUACGGCGGUACUGUAGACGUCACAGGCCAGGUCCUGCACGGCAAAACGUCGCCUCUCAAGCACGACGGCAAGGGCGUCUUCGCAGGCGUCUCGCAAAACGUCCCCGUUACGCGCUACCACUCCCUCGCCGGCACCCACGGCACUCUCCCAGACUGCCUCGAGGUAACUGCGACCAUACCCGCCAACGAAGAAGCCGAAGUCAAGGAAGUCGUUAUGGGCGUGCGACACAAGGAAUACGUCAUGGAGGGUGUACAGUUUCACCCAGAGAGCAUCUUGACAGAGGACGGUCGGCUCAUGGUGAGGAACUUUCUAAAGAUGCAGGGAGGCACCUGGGCCGAAAAUGAGCGACUACAGAAAGAGGCACAUGCCCAAGCAGUCGGUGCUGGUUCCAACGGCACAGCGACCGGCGCAAAGAAGGACAAGCAAACAUCCAUACUGGAGAAGAUCUACGACCAUCGCAGGGCCUCGGUCGCUAAGCAGAAGGAGAUUCCGUCCCAACGACCCAGUGAUCUACAGGCUGCGUACGAUCUCAACCUAGCGCCUCCUCAAAUCAACUUCCCCGAGCGUCUCAGGCAAUCGCCCUUCCGACUGUCACUCAUGGCCGAAAUCAAACGCGCAUCACCCUCCAAGGGCAUAAUUUCACUGUCCGCAUGCGCUCCCGCUCAAGCAAGGCUGUACGCAAAGGCCGGUGCAAGCACGAUAUCUGUACUUACUGAGCCGGAAUGGUUCAAGGGUAGCAUCGACGACCUCAAAGCUGUUCGACAAAGCUUGGAAGGCAUGCCGAACCGUCCCGCCGUCCUGCGCAAGGAGUUCAUCUUCGAGGAGUAUCAGAUCCUGGAAGCUAGGCUCGCGGGUGCCGAUACAGUGUUGCUGAUCGUCAAGAUGCUGGAUGAAGCAGUCUUGAAGAAACUCUACGACUACUCCCGAUCACUUGGAAUGGAGCCUCUCGUCGAGGUCCAGAACGCCGAAGAAACGGAGAUUGCGGUCAAGCUGGGCGCUCAGGUCAUUGGUGUGAACAACCGUAACCUUGUGAACUUCGAGGUCGACAUGGAAACUACCAACCGUCUAAUCAACAUGGUUCCAAAAGAGACGAUUUUGUGUGCGCUAAGCGGUAUUUCCGGGCCAAAGGAUGUCGAACCAUACAUCAAAAGUGGAGUUGGCGCAGUUUUGGUGGGUGAAGCGCUGAUGCGCGCAUCCGACACCGCUCAGUUCAUCGCGGAGCUUCUGGGUGGCUCAUCUACCAAGAAGACGGGAACAGCAUCAAACCCGAUGGUGAAGAUCUGUGGUACUCGCAGUGCUGAGGCCGCAAAAGCCGCAAUCGAAGCAGGAGCUGACCUCAUCGGCAUGAUCCUCGCGCCAGGAACCAAGCGAACAGUCACAGCUGAGACAGCUCUGGAAAUCUCAGAAACCGUACACAAGACCAGAAAGCCUGUGGUCUCGAAAUCCGGGCUGCUUGCUGAAUCAAAGUCCGCCACCGAUUUCUUUGAGCAUGGCGCAGCACGACUGGUGUCAAGUGACAGUCACGCGCUUCUCGUAGGCGUGUUCCGAAAUCAGUCACUAGAGUACGUACUUGAACAGCAGCGACUGCUGAAUCUAGACAUCGUACAAUUCCAUGGUCAGGAGCCAUUAGAGUGGGCAAAGCUUGUCCCGGUUCCUGUCUUGAGAGCAUUUAACCCGCAUAACCUUGGUAUCGGCUCAAGAGGGUAUCACGCUCUACCACUUCUGGAUGCAGGAUCCGGCGGCUCGGGUCAGCAGUUGGAUCUUUCAGAUGUCAAAACAGUAUUCGCGAAAGACGAUGGUAUCAAGGUCAUAUUAGCUGGAGGAUUGAACCCUGAUAAUGUUCAAUCUACGCUCGCUGGUCUUGAGGAAUACCGGGACCGCGUGCAUGCUGUCGACGUCAGCAGCGGUGUGGAAGAAGAUGGCAAGCAAAGUCUGGAUAAGAUACGGGCAUUCAUCAAGGCGGCGAAGAACCAGUAG